GACAGGGACUUUGAGGGUCAGCGGUCAGAGUAGGUGGAGAGUCUCAGAGGAAGGAGUCCCCGGGGGCAGGGCCCCCCCCCCCCCACGCCAUGGCGAGCGUGGUGGUCAAGACAAUCUGGCAAUCCAAAGAGAUCCAUGAGGCCGGGGACCCCCCAGCGGGGGUCGAGAGCCACUCCCAGCUGGUCCCCGAGGCUCCUGGGGGGGUGAGCACCCCGGCCAAGGGGAUCACGAAGAAAAAGAAGGCCGUGUCGUUCCACGGGGUGGAGCCUCGGAUGUCCCACAAGCCAAUGCACUGGUGCCUGAACCUCAAGAGGUCCUCCGCCUGCACCAAUGUGUCACUGCUCAACCUGGCCGCGAUGGAGCCCACUGACUCCUCAGGGACAGACUCAACCACAGAGGACAGUGGCCCUCUUGCACUGCCGGUGCCCCCUGCCUCCCCCACCCUACCCUGGGCUUCGGAUGACCCAGACAUCUCGGAAAUACUGAGUGGGGUCAACAGUGGAUUGGUCCGUGCCAAAGACUCCAUCACCAGCUUGAAGGAAAAGACCACCAGGGUUAACCAGCAUGUGCAGACGCUGCAGAGUGAGUGUUCUGUGCUGAGCGAGAAUCUAGAGAGAAGGCGGCAAGAGGCGGAAGAACUAGAAGGCUACUGCAGUCAACUCAAGGUGAGCCGCAGCCGAGCAAGAGAAGGGUGGGGAGAAGGGAGCGGAAGUAGGAAGAAGGUGGAAACCGAGUGGGAUUUCAGACGGGCCAGUCCUCCUCGGCAACAGCAAUGGAGAGUCCAUCUAGACUCGAAACGGGGCUUCCCACUCUUCUCUUCCCCAUCCACUUACUUUCCAAUCUCGGGGAGUCAUUGGGCAGACUGGCGGGUGGAGGUGGUCGUGGGAGGCGAGCGGCCGGACGGUGUCACCCCGCCUUCCUUCCCCGCCCAGGAGAAGCUGCGUUAUCUCCAGCAGCAGCUCCAGAACGAGACACCGCGGAGGCAGGAGGCCGAGCUGCAGGAGCUGCAGCAGAAGCUGGAGGCUGGCCUCUCUCGGCAGGGCCUGGGCCCCCCCGCCCAGCCCCCUGGCUCCUCUGGCCCUCCGGGGAGCCCCAACGAACCCCCACGACCGCGCAGCAUGGCCUCAGGCGGUUGGGGAAUGGGGCCGCGGGCGGGGGAGGGCCCCGUCGUGAGCGAGCAGGAGUUGCAGAAGGUCUCUGCCGGCCUUGAGGAGCUGAGGAGGGAGGUGUCCUCGCUGACUGCCCGGUGGCAUCAGGAGGAGGGGGCGGUACAGGAGGCCCUGCGGCUGCUCGGGGGCCUGGGCGGCAGGCUCGACGGCUUCCUGGGCCAGUGGGAGCGGGCGCAGCGUGAGCAGGCGCAGACCGCGCGGGGCCUACAGGAGCUGCGGGGCCGGGCGGAUGAGCUGUGCACCUUGGUGGAGCGAUCUGCAGUGUCUGUGGCUUCCCUGAGGAGCGAACUGGAGGGGCUGGGCCCAAUGAAACCUAUUCUGGAGGAGCUGGGGCGGCAAUUUCGGAGCUCUCGAAGAGGGUCUGACCUCUCCAUGACCCUGGAUCGGCCGCCCCAAGGUUCCUGUGCCCGCUGUGCCAGCCAGGGGCAGCAGCUGUCCACAGAGUCCCUGCAGCAGCUACUGGAGCGAGCACUGACCCCCCUCGUGGACGAGGUGAAGCAGAGGGGCCUGGCUCCCGCCUGCCCCAGCUGCCAGAGGCUACACAAGAAGAUUCUGGAGCUGGAGCGCCAGGCCUUGGCCAAACACGUCAGGGCAGAGGCCCUAAGCUCCACCCUUCGGCUGGCCCAAGACGAAGCCUUGCGGGCCAAGAACCUGCUGCUGACCGACAAGAUGAAGCCGGAGGAGAAGGUGGCCACUCUGGACUACGUACACCUGAAGAUGUGCUCCCUCCACGAUCAACUCAGCAACCUGCCACUUGAGGGGUCCACAGGGACGACGGGGGGAGGAAGCGGUGGGGGAGCUCCCCCAAAACGUGGGGGCCCAGCCCCUGAACAAUAAAUGGCCUCUCAUGCUGGCAUGAAA